CUCCUCAGGCUGGAGGAAACAGUGUCGUCCAAGGAAUGAUAAUGGCACUGCUUGUUGUGGUCUCGGCUGGAUAUAUUUUCAUCUGGAUCAUGGUGCCAACCAAUACUUUCAAACAGAACUGGCUUCUAAAGAUUCGAGCUGAGUCUAAUACAACUUACUUUGGAUCACAAGGUGCAAAUUUCUUGGUCUUCACAUUUCCUGUUCUUUUCGUUGCUGCCUUGGGCUGUGUCUUUCUCCAUUUAGGAAAGAAACGAAGCAAUGAGCAUGAUUCAAAGAGACGUGAUGGUAAAAAUCGUAUAGUGGCAUGGAAGAGGCCAGUUAUCAUCAAAGGACUAGGAAUUGUUUCUCGAAUUGAGUUGGCUUUUCUUGUGAUGUUCAUUGCCCUUCUCGUUUGGUUCUACACAGUUUACGUGCGCAAUGGCUUCGCUAGCAUCACUCCGAAGUCAGCUGCAAAGAGUGGGAUGAAAGUGUGGCAAGCUAAGCUGGGCAGUGCAGCUCUAAGGCUAGGCCUGCUAGGGAAUCUAUGUCUAACAUUUCUCUUCUUUCCGGUGACCCGCGGCUCAUCGGUGCUGCAACUUUUUGGCCUGACAUCCGAAGCAAGCAUCAAGUAUCAUAUAUGGCUUGGCCACAUUGUAAUGACCCUUUUCACCGCUCAUGGCGUUUGCUACAUCAUCUUCUGGGCUGCCACACAUCAAAUAUCCGAGAUGACAAAAUGGGCUAAAGCAGACAUUUCCAAUGUGGCCGGAGAAAUAGCUUUGGUAGCGGGACUAGCCAUGUGGGCAACGACAUUUCCCCGCAUAAGGAGAAAGAUGUUUGAGCUCUUCUUCUAUACUCAUCACUUGUACAUCAUCUUCGUGCUCUUCUUCGUCCUCCAUGUUGGCAUCGCUUUUGCCUGCCUCAUGCUUCCUGGCUUCUAUCUCUUCAUGAUUGAUCGUUACUUGAGGUUCUUGCAAUCUCGCCAAAACGUUCGUUCAGUCUCCGCUCGAAUUCUACCCUGUGAAACCGUGGAGCUCAGCUUCUCCAAGACCAAAGGUCUUAGCUAUGCUCCAACAAGCAUAUUGUUCUUGAAUGUACCGAGCAUCUCGAAGUUACAGUGGCACCCUUUUACAAUUACUUCAAGCAGUAAUUUGGAGCCUGAAAAGCUGAGUGUCAUCAUUAAAGGUGACGGGAGUUGGACAAAGAAGCUCCAUGAGAUGCUUUCUUCCCCUUCUUCUGUGGAUCAUCUUGAUGUGUCCAUUGAAGGACCUUAUGGACCAACUUCAACUGAUUUCCUAAGGCAUGAAUUGCUGGUGAUGGUGAGUGGAGGCAGCGGAAUCACUCCUUUCAUCUCCAUCAUUCGUGAGCUUAUGUACGCAAGCGACACGCUGAAAUGCAAGACUCCUUCAAUUCUCCUCAUCCCCUCAUUCAAGAAUUCUUCAGACUUGACCAUGCUAGAUCUGCUCCUCCCUAUUGUUGGUUCCCCGGCAGAAUUUUCCAACUUCGCUUUACAAAUCGAGGCUUACGUAACGAGAGAAAAACAACCUGCACCAGAAGGCAAGAAGAGUCUCAGGACCGUCUGGUUCAAACCAAAGCCAUCAGAUUCACCAGUUGCUCCAAUCUUGGGCAAAAACAGCUGGCUCUGGCUUGGUGCAAUAAUAUCAGCAUCUUUUAUCAUCUAUCUUAUCUUCAUGGGGAUUCUUACGAGAUUCUACAUUUAUCCCAUUGAUCACAACACCAACGAUGUCUAUUCAUGGUCUUCUAGAGCUGUGCUGAAUAUCCUUUUCAUGUGCAUUUCUAUAAUCAUCGCAGCUACCGCGGCUUUUCUCUGGAACAAGAAACAAAAUGCCAUGGAGAACAAACAGAUUCAGAACCUGGAAGGGGCAACUCCCGUAGCGUCACCCAACUCAUGGUUCUAUAAUGCAGACAGAGAAUUAGAAAGCUUACCCCAGCAGUCACUGGUCCUCUCUACCAAUCUGCACUAUGGUGAAAGGCCAGACCUAAAGAAAAUUCUUUUUGAGCGCAAAGAAUCCAGCGUUGGAGUUCUAGUUUGUGGACCGAAGAAGAUGAGACAUGAGGUUGCAAACAUAUGCUCUUCUGGUUUGGGAGCUAAUUUGCAUUUCGAGUCCAUCAGUUUCAGCUGGUGAUCGAUCAUAUGACAAUCUUCUGCCUUUUUUUCUUGUUUCCUUUUGUUAGCACUUGGGCAGAGUUGAGUGCUUCAAAAUGUAAAUGCGAAUGUUGAAUGUGAAAAAAUUGCUUGCUUGUUUGAAAAAUAAAUAGAACUCCUCCUCAUGUUUCAUGAGAGGCUUCCAAAU